CGGCUUCACCCAUCCUCGGGACCCAUAGACGACCCGACGCACCCGCUGCAUAGACACCAGCAAGCCCAACAAGCGCAGCAGCAGCGCCAACAACACCCUGCCGCCACCGCCGCCCAAGUCGCAUUGUUCUCUUUAUUCGGACGCGGGGUCCAUGGCCGGGGCCACGGGGAUCCGCGCCAUCGACACCCGCCGCACGAUCGGAUGGAACAGGACGAGGACGAGGAAGAAGACGAGGAAGAGGACGAAGACAUCGAUGACUCAAUGCAGCAGCAUCGGUAUCCCUCGUCUCACCGUCAUCUCCGCCAUCGCCAUCAUCAUGGUGUAGGCGAGACCGGCCAUGAUUCGGAGGGAGAAGCGGACGAAGACGACGAGAGAUUAGGUCUUCAUGCCGCGCAUGACGGAGGGGGAUUAGGGGCCGAAGAGGAGGAAGAAGCGCUCGAAGAGGAAGAGGAAGAAGAGGAGGAGGAUGAUGAUGAUAUGCUCGCGGAUCCGGAUGUUGAUGAUGGUGAUGAGGAGAUGUUAGGCGAGAGAGAUAAAUCCCCCACCCCUCUUCCCGCCAACCUCCGCGAGAUCUCCUCCCUCGCCUCGUGGACCGUCUCCACCCACAAACCGGGCUGCGGCGUCAGCGCCCUUCGCCACCCGUCUCCGACCCAGUACUGGCAGUCGGACGGCCCGCAACCCCACACCCUGACCCUGCACUUCUUCAAGCUCGUCGCCGUGGUGCGCAUCCGCGUGUACCUGGAUUUUGAGAUGGAUGAGAGUUAUACCCCGACCAAGAUGGUAUUUCUGGCCGGGAUGGGGGGGAAUGAUCUCGUGGAGUUCGCGACGUGGGAGGGUGAGGGUCCCUGCGGGUGGGUGGAUGUGGAGUUGGAAGGGGUUGGCGGGAGGAACACUGUGCAUUCGUUCGGGAAGUUCCAGGGUGGAGGUAGUAGGACGAGGAGGAGGAAGCUUCAGGGGGAGAGUCUGUACGAAGAUGCGAGGGCUCAUAGGAACGAGGAAGAGGAGGACGAUGAUGAGGAAGAUGACGACGACGAGAACGAUCCGUACGCUGGGAAUGUGCUCAAGGCCAUGGUCAUUCAGAUGAAGGUGACUGAGAACCAUCAGAAUGGCAAGGAUACUCAUGUCCGUGGCUUCCAGGUCUUUGCACGCGAUGACGAGCGCAAGAGGUUGGCCAAUGCCCCGUCGGCGUCGGCGGAUGGCAGAGUGCGACGACACAGUGCGCGUCGCUCAUUGCGGGGGAGCACGCAUGAUGAGAUGGCCGAGGGAGCCGGUGGUGGAGGACGGGAACAUGCAGUUGCCGAAGCUGAGCGCGCUGUGACAGGAGUGGUGGUUAGUCUGGAGGAGCCGGAUUGGAUGGGCGAGCCGGUCAUUAGGUAG